UUUGAAUAAAGUCUCAAACUAUACCAUCAAGCUGGAGAAGAGACAGACUUCAAUCCCAAAGCUAUGUUACCACUGCUUCUUAUCUCAGGUUUUAUCACCUGCACCUUGUGUGUUCCACGUCAGUAUACUUUUGUAAAUGAAUCCAAGACAUGGACAGAAGCUCAGAGCUACUGUAGAGAUAAAUACACUGAUCUGGUCACCGUUGAAAAUGAACAAGAGACGGUGCAGUUACUCAACACAGUGAAUGACUAUAACUCCACUGAUCUGGCCUGGAUUGGACUCUAUGAUGAUCUGAACAGUUGGAAAUGGGCUCUAGAGGACAGUGAAUUCUUCAGUCAGGAACAGAAACAGUUCAGGAACUGGUAUAAACAAGAGCCAGUGAAUUAUGGAGGACAGAGUCUAUGUGUGUACAUGUAUGCAUACUAUGGGAGAUGGUAUACAGCAAAUUGCGACAACACACUUCUUUUAUCUGCUAUGACGCUCACAGAUACUGCAGAGAAAAUCACACAGACCUUGUCAGUGUCAGGAAUGAAGAUGAAAACCAGAAGAUCCGAAAUUCACUCAAGAAUUACUAUUACGGGAGCGUUUGGAUUGGUCUGUACAGAACUAGAUCUUGGUCAGAUCAGAGUAACUCUACAUUCAGUAACUGGAGGUCAGGAGAACCGAAGUAAUGCAGGAAACAGUGAACACUGUACUGCUGUGUCAUUCAGUGAUGAUGGGAAAUGGACGGAUGAAAACUGCAAUAAUAUUUUACCAUUUAUUUGCUAUAAUCUGUCGUAUUUGGCAUCAUCCCGUCAGUAUCACUUUAUAACAGUGAAUAAGAGCUGGUCUGAAGCUCAGACAUACUGCAGACAGAAUUACAUUGAUCUGGCCACCAUUGAUAACAUGACAGAGAUGAACAGUGUGAUGAACACAGUUAAUGGGAGUUAUAAUGGAUCAGCCUGGAUUGGACAGUAUGAUGAUGUCAACAGCUGGAGAUGGUCACUGGAUGAUGAUGAUUUCUAUCAGGAUGGAGAGAGAGAAUUCAGAAACUGGAAUCAUCAACCAGACAACUAUGGUGGAAAUGAGCUGUGUGUUUAUAUGAAUUAUGAUGGCGAAUGGUUUGAUUCAUCAUGUGACAAUCCCUUGUCAUUUGUUUGCUACAAUAGGAGCAGUAUCACGCAGAGUUACGUCAGAGUUGAUGACGGAAGAAGCUGGACAGAAGCUCAGAGAUACUGCAGAGAAUAUCACACAGAUCUCGCCAAUGUGAGAAACCAGACAGAGAAUCAGAAGAUCCUGGAGAUUACAGGUGGUAACGUCUGGAUUGGUCUGUACAGGAACAGGAUUUGGUCAAAUGGUCAAAAUACCAAAUAUCUAAACUGGAAACCAGAAACUCCAUAUUCAUACCCACAACCAGAUAAUGGAAAUUAUGCUUAUGGCCAGAGGGGUAACCAGCGCUGCACUGCUGUAUCAUUCAGAUAUUCAGGCAGAUGGACAGAUGAGAACUGCUUAUCCAACAUGCCCUUCAUCUGCUACAGUAGAACCUGCACACAAUCAUCUUGCAGUGUCCAUCAGUAUCACUUUAUAUCUGAGAAUAAGAGCUGGUCUGAAGCUCAGACAUACUGCAGACAGAAUUACAUUGAUCUGGCCACCAUUGAUAACAUGACAGAGAUGAACAAACUCAUUAAAACAGUACGAGGGAUUUACUUUGGUUCAGCCUGGAUUGGACUGUAUGACGAUCUGAAGAUCUGGAGAUGGUCUCUGGGAAACACAGAGUUAGGAGGAGGUUUUAAAAGCUGGUAUGUUCAGCAACCAACAAACUGGAAUGGACAGAGACUCUGUGUGUCCGUCAUAUUACAGAGGAAUAUGGAAUGAACAGUAUUGCUCCACUUCCCUUCCCUUUGUUUGCUAUGAUGGAAGACAGAAUGCCAGUGCAAGAUUUGUGUUUGUUAACAAUUACGUAAACUGGACUGAAGCUCAGAGAUACUGCAGAGAACAUCACACAGAUCUUGUCAGUAUCAGGAAUGAGACUGAAAACGAGAAGAUCCAAUUUCUUUUGCAGACUGAAAACUUUAAUCAUUAUCAUUUUUGGAUUGGUCUGUACAGAACUAGAUCUUGGUCAGAUCAGAGUAACUCAACAUUCAGUAACUGGAAGACAGGAGAACCAAAUAAUGCAGGAAACAGUGAACACUGCACUGUUGUGUUAUUCAGUGAUGCUGGGAAAUGGACGGAUGAAAACUGCAAUGAUAUUUUACCUUUUCUUUGCUAUAACUGGUCCUCUUUGGCAUCAUCCCGUCAGUAUCACUUUAUAACAGUGAAUAAGAGCUGGUCUGAAGCUCAGACAUACUGCAGACAGAAUUACAUUGAUCUGGCCACCAUUGAUAACAUGACAGAGAUGAACAGUGUGAUGAACACAGUUAAUGGGAGUUAUAAUGGAUCAGCCUGGAUUGGACAGUAUGAUGAUGUCAACAGCUGGAGAUGGUCACUGGAUGAUGAUGAUUUCUAUCAGGAAGGAGAGAGAGAAUUCAGAAACUGGAAUCAUCAACCAGACAACUCUGGUGGAAAUGAUCUGUGUGUUUAUAUGUUGAAUGAUGGAAGCUGGUCUGAUUUAUCAUGUGACCAUUCCUUACCAUUUGUUUGCUAUGAUGGACAAGGAAACACCUCCCAGAGGUAUAUUUGGGUAAAUCAGUACCAGUCCUGGAGUGAAGCUCAGAGAUACUGCAGACAGUUUUACACAGAUCUGGCCAUCGUGAGAAAUGAACAGAACAUCAACAGAUGCUGAACGUUACAGUUUCUUAUUAUUAUUAUGGGUGGAUUGGUCUGUACAGAAACAGACUGUGGUCAGAUCAGAGCAACUCUUCUUUCACAUACUGGCUGCCUGGGACGCAAAAUCUUUAUCCACAACCAGAUAAUGGUUUAUAUGUUGAUGGACUUCUGGGAGCUCAACAUUGUACUGCUGUGUCUUUACAAUCUUUUGGCCAGUGGACAGAUGAGAGCUGCUUUGAGCGUUUGCCUUUCUUCUGUUAUGGAGAACCAACAGCUUCAGAUAAUGUGGUGGGAAUCAGACUGCAAGUUACAAGUGAAGAAAAUCUGUCAAAGUCUCGGAUUGAAGAACUCGUGAUUAUAAAACUCCAGGAAGAAUUUAAAAAACGUGGACUUCCCAGUAACUUCACCAUGAGUUUGAGAAACUAUCGUAAAAUCGCUCCAUGAGAGAUGACACCAAACACACUCGCACGCACUGCAUGUUUUAUCUAACCAUCACUAUACUUCUGCAUAUUUCUUGCAAUACUGUUAAUGUAUCUGAUUUAACAUGAAUGAAGCUUUGAAUUAAUAUAGGACAGAGUUUUAUCAUAAAUACUGACUUUUUCUUGUUUAAUAAUGUUUAAUAUUGUCAACUCAGUUAUCUAGACAAUUUAAUAUACUGUUAAUUGAAGUAAUCAAUCUAGAUCUGACAUCUAAAUGAAAUAUCGGAUUCUUAUAAAAUUCUAUUAAACUAUAUGUUUGUAUCUCAUUUGUUGUAUGUAUACGAAUCUACUCAACAUACU